ACGGGGGACGAGAUGUAUUGUCUCAUGCACUACAUCGUCUUCUAUAUCAAGGAUUACGAAACAACUGCCGACGAGGUCAUCCGGGAAAUUGACAUCAACAUUCUACAAAAUGGCGAGACCCGUGCCCAGUUAUCUAUAAAGAGAAUCAACCCCUUACAAACCAUCAAGUUUGGAGUCACCACCACUGGAACCAGUAUCCCUAGUGGGAUAGCCUGCACAUAUGACGAUUUCAAGGAGCCCACGGCGUUUCAGACCAUUGGAAAAGAUGGAAACAUCUAUGGGAUUUACGAACAGAGAGGUUUUGGAAUUUCUAUCGAAGUUUCCAUGGCCGCCACAUCAGAUGACAUGGAAUUUGAGAUCGACAUCUCAAGCAAUGCCGGUCUGAUGAAAGGAUCGUCCGAAGAAGAUGAAGUGGCGGUCUGCCCAACUGUCAAAGUUAAUGGAAACUUCGAUGGAAGGCCAGUAAAGCUUAUAAUCAGUCAUUGUGCGGAACUUUCACCGGCCGCACUCAAACGAAAUGUAAAAAUGUUCGUUUACACAAAACUUGACAUAGAUUCUGAAGGAGAAGGAAAAGUGUCUCGUCGACAACUAGCACCCCCCGAGUGUGAAAUCACAAUAGAUACGCUGAGUUUCUGUAUCGACGGGCCAGGAUUGUAUACAGCCUCACUGAAAGAAGACAUGUGCGAGGGAAAACGCGUUGCGCUACUAGCCUUUCUUCCACUUGUCAUGCCGAAGAACAGAAAACCAAUUCUACAUGUGAACUUUUACCAUCCAUUUGGUGAAAUUGGCAAGCGCAUUCGGGAACAAUGGGAGGAGAAGGACAACGUUUGCGUCAAGGAUGAAACAACAUUCAUUUUGAGGAAUAUCGGCCAGGAUGCGGAAGUCACCCUUGAGAUGCUCUCUCUGAAAGGAAAGCAUGGACGUCUUAUUUCGGAGCUUGAACCUCAGACUUUGGAUAAUGUUCCUUAUGAGUGUGUUGAUUUUAAGCUGGAUUACAAUCGCGAAGAAUCGAAUGAAUUAACCAUCAAACUACGUGUGAUCCAAGAAGGAUGCAGUUCAGAGAUUGACAUUAGGCAAACCUUGGCAGCCCCAGAACCGGAACCAGUGAUAAGAAUUCCCAAACCAGUAACUGACCAGAUGAUAGAUGCCAUAUCAGGUCACGAGAUAACGAAAUACCAGCUUUUUAAACUGGCGAACGCUCUUGGCUUCAGUAACAAGGAUUUCGGGAAUCUUGUAUUGGAUAACGCCAGCUCUGUUUUGAGUAAGAAGGGGUACACAGGCAUCAAAACGCUCCUUACAAAAUGGAGGAACAGAACAGACGAAGAGCAUCAGCGCCCGAAAUUAAAAGAGGCAUUUAAGACGUCAAACCUUGUGGAUUUAACGAAAAUGUAUCUGAACGUAAAAGACGACUUCUUGAAUUAAGUGAGAUAUUUAAUCCAAAAUGACUUUCCGUUUGCAUAAACGUUAUAAAGGAUAACAAUUGGGUUUGUUCAAAAUGGCAUAGUAGUUGUGAAACUAAACCUGGAAAUAAUGUUUGUUGUUUACUUGAAGAUG